CUGGCUCCUCCCACUUCCGCUGUACAGGUGAGUCGUGCGUGACGUCAUCGACUAUGAAGGGAGGAAACUGCGUUUGAUCCCCAAGUUUUUCCUUCUAAACUUGGUUCAAAUUCGCGGAUACAGAUAUGUGUGAUUUCGAUAAGCAGAAGGGCCCUGGGCGGCUGAUGAAGAAAGGACUGACCCUCAUUGUUAUUGGUCAUGUUAAUUUCAUCCUGAGUGCCAUCGUCCAUGGCAGUGUGUUACGCCACGUAUCCAAACCCAGCAAUGAGAUCUCAACAGAAUAUACUGUAACAAACAUCAUCUCUGUCACCUCAGGACUGCUGAGCAUUGCAAGUGGAAUUGUUGCUAUAUUGGUGUCAAGGAAUAUAACCAACUUGAAACUGCACAUCGGUCUGUUAGUGAGUUCCUUUCUGAAUGCCUUUCUCUCGCUGGCGUGUUUAGUGGGGCUGAUUUUGGCGAUCAGUAUGACCAUUUCAGCCGAUGGGAGCACGCUCAUGAAAGGAUGUAAUUCCACUAACAUGCCUGUGAAUGCACGUUCUCCGGUCAUCGUCAACUGUCCUUUUGAUGCCACUCGCAUCUAUGAUACAACUCUUGCUCUGUGGUUCACCUGUGCUACAUUCACUGCACUGGAGGCUGGACUGUCUGUGUGGUGCUUUAUUGUGGGUCUCCAGUUAAGAGGCAUCGGACCCUGUGCUCAAACCUACAUCAGAGAGCAGCUGGAAGAGGAGGCACUGGCAUCAGGGUCAAAAAUGGACCAAGACCACACGACUCAAGGCGAGCGUCUCAUUGCACAUCACUCUGCCAGCGCUUAGAGAGACAAUCCCAAUGUUGAAGUGGAAGUUUA